UACAAAAGAGGACACUGGGAAGUGGCCAAAUAUCUCGUCAUCACUCAUCACUGUGAUACAAAAAUUGCAGUGAAUGAGGCUGGAGACACUCCUCUCUCCCUUGAGUGUUCCCAUGGUAACUUAGAGAUGGUCAAGGCUCUUAUUAACAAGCAUGUAUAUCCAAAUAAGCCGGUCAACAAGGCUGGUGACACCCCACUCUCUCUGGCCUGUGCCAAUGGCCACUUGAACACUGUCAAGUACCUUGUAAACGAGCAUCAUUGUGAUCCUAGAAAUACAGUCAACAAGGCUGGUGAUACCCCACUCUCUCUGGCAUACAAAAAAAGACAUUUGAAGAAUAUCAAAUAUCUCACUCAAGAACAUCAGUGUGAUCCAAAAUUUGCAGUUAAUGAGGCUGGAGACACUCCUCUCUCCCUUGAGUGUUCCCGUGGUAACCUGAAUAUGGUCAAGGCUCUCAUCAAUAAGCAUGUUGAUCUAAAAAAGCCAGUGAACGAGGCUGGUGACACCCCACUCUCUCUGGCCUGUGCCAAUGGCCACUUGGACAUAGUCGAGUACCUUGUGAAGGAGCAUCAUUGUGAUUCUAGAAGUACAGUCAACAAGGCUGGUGACACCCCAUUCUCUCUGGCCUACAAACGUAGACACCGGGAAGUGGUCAAGUAUCUCGCUAUCACUAAUCACUGUGAUACAAAAAUUGCAGUGAAUGAGGCUGGAGACACUCCCCUCUCCCUUGAGUGUUCACGUGGUAACCUGGAUAUGGUCAAGGCUCUCAUCAACAAGCAUGUUGAUCCAAAUAACCCAGUCAACAAGGCUGGUGAUACCCCACUCUCUCUGGCCUGUGCGAAGGGCCACUUGAACACAGUCAAGUACCUUGUGAACGAGCAUCAUUGUGAUCCUAGAAGUACAGUCAACAAGGCUGGUGACACUCCACUCUCUCUGGCCUACAAACGUGGACACUGGGAAGUGGUCAAAUAUCUCGCUAUCACUCAUCACUGUGAUACAAAAAUUGCAGUGAAUGAGGCUGGAGACACUCCUCUCUCCCUUGAGUGUUCCCGUGGUAACCUGGAUAUGAUCAAGGCUCUUAUUAACAAGCAUAUUGAUCCAAAUAAACCAGUCAACAAGGCUGGUGACACCCCACUCUCUCUGGCCUUUAGAGGUGGACACUGGGAAGUGGUCAAAUAUCUCGCCAUCACUCAUCACUGUGAUACAAAAAGUUCCCUUUUACUAUCAAUAAAGUAUUGGCGUGAUUCAAAAGUGGAGUUUCUACUGGCAGAAUGCCACAGUGAUCCGAAUGUGACCGACAAAGAAGGCAAGACACCUCUCGAUUUGGCAAAUAACUCUAAGAUCAUAAAGCUCCUCUUGAAACACGGAGCCAAGGCUGCCAAUGUCUACAAGAAACACAGCAACCUUAUCGGAAGGCUCUCCUCCGAGCGACCCCCACAACUUCCUUUGUUUGCGCUCAUAAUUGGCGACGGUGGCGUAGGGAAGAGCACUCUGUUGAAAUCUAUUCACACCUCAAGAGGGUUUCGGUCUAUACUACAGAGGGCAAGACCAGUAAAUGGCGUCGAUGCAAGGACAGUGGGGAUUAUACCGUACGAAGUAAACACCAGGGAGUUUGGCAGAAUCAUUUACUUUGAUUUUGCUGGUCAGAAAGAGUUUUACACGAGCCACUGUGCCAUUCUUGAGAAUGCUGUUCAAACCUCACCACCCAUCAUUAUCCUCUGUGCUAAGCUUAUAGAAAAUGACGAGGCGAUUAUUGAUUCCAUGUAUCAUUGGUUGACCCUCGUCCAAAACCAGUGCACCAAUCUGAAAGAAAAAGCACACGUGAUAGUAGUUGGUAGCCAUGCAGACCAGGUGAAGAAAAUGGGAGAAGAUCCACGUGCCAAAGAGGCCAUCUUUGCCCCCAUUAUCAAGCAAUUCCCAAAGUUUGAGUUUACGGAGUUUAUUCCAAUGGAUUGCCGCUUCGCUGAUUCGAAUGAUAUGAAAAAAGCGAAAAGACAGAUCCAGAAAAGCUCUGCUACUCUCCGUUCUCCAGAAAUCAUCAGCUUGAAUGCUCACACCUUUUACAUUUACCUUGUCGAAAACUUCAAAGACAACCUCGCUUUGUUGUUGGGAAAAGUCCACGAAAGAAUUAAGAGCGAUCUUAACGAGGAUUUGUCACAACGCACCCAAGAUAUUCUUUCUUUCAUACCCAGCACGAUCCCUCAUCUUGUAGAGAUCUGUGACCAGCUGCAUAAAAGAGGUCUCCUUUUGUUUCUCCGCAAUGACAGCUCUCUGGAGAAGUCAUUUUUAGUGAUUGACAAAGAAACGCUUCUUUCCACAGUAACUGGGACUGUGUUUGCUCCUGAAAGUUUCCGCCAACACUGCAAGCUAGCUUCAAGCACUGGAGUGGUGCCUUUGUCGAAAUUUAAGAAAGCAUUCAAUGGCUUCGACAUAGAGAUGCUGAUUGCCUUCAUGUCCCAUUUAGAGCUGUGUUUUGAAAUCUUAGACAAACGAGUCUUGGAUUUCAUUUCAGAAGAGAUUGCUUCUUCCACUGACAGUGAUGCUGAGUCUGACACUCGAUACCUCUUCUUUCCAGGGCUGAUUCGUAUCGAAACUCCAGAUCAGGUUUGGAAAGACGCUCAGAGUAUCAAGUAUCACUUUGGCUGGAUAUUUGAAACAUCCCAAGACACCGAGUUUUUUGAUCCUCGCUGCCUUCAAGUCCUCAUUCUGAGGAUAGUGUUCAUGUUCCGACUUGCCCCUGCUCAAAAAAUAUUGCUCAAUGUCCCUUCCCUGCAGAGAUUCUGCUCAGUGUGGAAGAGUGGGAUCUGCUGGUACAACGAUGAUGGGAUCACUGCACACCUCGAGCUUGCUGAAAAUGGCCGAUCUCUUGUUCUCAAAAUGCGCACUGACACAGUUCGACUUGAAGGUCUGAUUCUUCGCUCUAGAAUUGUGAACACAAUCCGUGAGACUGUUGAAAGUUUUGGCCGCAAUGUGAAUGUGAUUGAAUCAGUGAUUGAUCCAGAUGAAGUUGUUAAGCAUCCUCUGAAAAAUCCUUCUGACCUCUCGCUGGUAAACAUCAAAGAUAUUGCAGCAACUGUCUCCUCCAAUGGAAGAAUGAUAAAAUCGACACAACAAGAUGGCCUCACCUUUGAGCACCUCUUACAGUUUGAGCCGUACGCUGGCCUAGAUCAAAUCACCAUACAGUGUAUCCACAGUGACAAGAAUGUCAAGAAAGAUGAGAAAAUCUCCAAAGAAUUCAUUUUCCAUUUUGCCAAUCAAGUUGUCGAACCCGAUAGUGAAGAGCUUAAUCAAGUAGCUCGAAACAGUCGCAUGUACAGAAGAAUAAUGAGCAAUUCUAAUGUCAACAUUCAGUCAGUUAGUCCCAGACAGGAGGUGGUCCAGGCUCUCAAGACAUGGAGGAGUGAGACUGAGGGAACUUACAGCUGUCUGAGGGAGACUCUCAACAAGUACAGCGUCUUCACUGGGAGAAACCCUCUGGACCUAGCUGAUGUGGCUCAUGAUGAUAUUGAUCUCUCUGUGUUUAGUAGCAGUAGUGAUGAGCAAAAGGAUCCAGAGACUACCAGCCUCCAUGAGUUGAUGGUCAAGCAUGGAGUCACUGAUGAGCAGUUGGAUCGAGAGAUUGAACAAGACGACCUUGCUCCAGUAGCAGUGCACUUUGAUGAUGUAGAGCUUUACCUCAACCCACUGAAGUUGACUGACAAUGAACAAGCUGACGUGAGGCGAGAGACUUAUUUAAGUAAAAGGAAUCAAGUGGCAGUGAUCAACUGUUUGUCAAUCUGGAGAGGUCACAAACCCAGCGAAGCAACCUUCAGAGCACUGAUUAGGAUCUUAUUGGAUCUGAGGAAGGAAAAAAUCGCUACCAAGAUCUGUCAGUACUUAAUGAAAAAUACAAUGACUGUUCUUGACAAACACCGAUAUGACCUAGCUGGUGUGGCUCAUGAUGAUAUCGAUCCCUCAGUGUUUAGUAUCAGUUGCGAUGGUAUCAGUGGUGAUGAGAAAAAGGAUCCAUGGACCACCAGUCUCCACGAGUUGAUGGUCAAGCAUGGAGUCACUGACGAGCAGUUGGAUCUAGGGAUUGAACAAGAUGACCUUGCUCCAGUAGCUAUGCACUUUGAUGAUGUGGAGCUCUACCUCCACCCACUGAAGCUGAAUGGAAACGAACAAGCUGAUGUGAGGACUUGCGCUCAUGUUAGUAAAAAGAAUCAAGUGGCAGUGAUAAACUGUUUGUCAAUCUGGAGAGGUCACGAACCCAGCGAAGCAACCUUUAAAGCACUGAUUAGGAUCUUAUUGGAUCUGAGGAAGGAAGAAAUUGCUACCAAGAUCUGUCAGUACUUGAAUGAAAAAGGCUCAUACAGUGAUCUAUAUGUGAGUGCUGAGAGUGACUGACUGUAUAGAGAUAGAGCUAUGUGUAUAGGACUCUUGUACUGAAUUGAACACCAUGACAUUAAUUAAUUAGUUGUUUGUUAUGUGUGUGUGUGUGCAUGUUUUGUGCAGUUAUUUAACCCUGCUUCAAGUAUAAACUAC